CUACCUACUACAUUAGGUAGUUAUCUCUUCAUGCGGUCUCAAUUAUAGUCGAUAAGGGCCAGGCCUUGACCCGGCGAAUCACUUAUCCAAAAUGUUUGGCGGAUCGCGAAGGCAUCGGCCGCCAAAUCCCCCUCUGAAUUCCAGGACCGCGAACCCGAAUGCUGCAUCAGCUGCCGCAUCCGCCUUCAUGUCUGCCGCCAACCAAAAACCUACGAGGUCGCUCUCUUCAGCCGCAGCAGCAGCGGCGCUGCGAGCGCGUCCUCAUACGCCCACAAAUGUAGCGGAAGUUCAGACCAAACGAACGAUGCGUAGAAGUUCCUCAGUCUCCUCCGCUGGUAGCGCUUCUGCUGCUAGUGUCUCGCGUCCGACUGCGCAACUCGAACGAAGGUUGAGCUCAAGUAGCAUGGCGGAGCGCACCUUUCGUACUCCUUCACCUCAUCGAGCUUCUUCAAUACACGCGGCUGAAGAGCAUCCGCCGGUUCCUCAAAUACCUACAAGCCAUAAAAAGUCAGCUUCUCUCGGGGUAGGAAUGCAAAAUUUUCGAACUGCAUCACAGAAAUUGAAGACCGGAAGUCAUUCAUGGUACACCGAGCCAUCCGGCGAUCCGAGUAACGUGAGGACAUCGGAUGCGCCGAUGAGGACAGAGAAGCCUCAACUGCAAAAACCUCAGGGAAUUCCUGCUGUGCCUCAACGACCAGAUAGCAGAAGCUCAUCUAUGAACUUUUCUUAUCCAACCAGAUUCCAUGCCCAGUCACCACCAGCAUCCCCUAACUCGACCCAGGAGCCGCGAUUUUCCAGCCCGCCGACCCAAAUCCCCGCGUCGCCUCCCAGGUCAAAUCGAGCCUCUUUAUCAUCAAUGACCAGCGCGAAAUCCGAUCAGCCAAUGGUAUACGACCGAAAUUCUAGGAGGAUGGUUCCAAGGCCAAUAAUAGAGAACGCUGAGUAUCAAGUUAGAAACACGGCGGGAAAACAGCCAAGGAAGAAGAAGGGCAGGGGAGCUCAAAGGGAAAGUAGCGAAUUGACGAAAGGGACAGUCGCAAGAAUCAAGGGAACCACGGUCGAUGCCGAUGCAGUUGUGCGCGAUUUACCGAGGCGAGAACAGCCGGUUAUUGAAGGAACACCUACGAUAGAGGAAUCUCGGUUGUUGGAGGAUUCUGAAGUAAAGGCCAUCAUUACUACAUCCAAAGAACCGGCGCAAGUUCACAAGAACUCUGAGAAAGCCCAGCCAUCGCGGUCCGAACGUGCUGCCCAACAGCCAACCACGAGCUCCUCGCCCCGUUCCGUAGGGAGCAAAGCGCCGCUCUUACAAGACGAGCCUAGAGCAGUUGCCAAGCAGACCGAACCUCCAGUCCGUCCAUCCCAGAAAGUCCUCGACGCAUUAGACGCAGUUCCAACACGACAGUACAUCUUUGAGAAGCCUGGAGACUCACUAUCCCCAGCCCAAGGAGGCAGUGAGGUGCUCACACAAUCAUCAACUGAUGGCAACAAUUCGGAGAAGGCUCAACCAGCACCCGAGGUAGCCAAGGAAAAAAGGGCUCUUUUUGUGGAUAAUAAACCGGUUGUUGGCCUUUCUAGGGAAGGGAGUAGUGCGACACGGUCAAAUUCAAAUAGCCCGGCUCGUCAAGCUCAUUUCUCAGCAACUCCUUCCGACAAACUUUCGGUGCGGCAUACACCAUUACCAAGAUCGGCAUCGCCCAUUAAAUCAGCACUCAAACAAACCAGCCCUACGCCUAGAGAAGCAUCGCCGUCGGACAAAAGCUCAGAUGUGUCAGGAUCUCGUGGGGCUUCUCCACACCAACGCGAUGAAAGUGCCAUUAGGAAGAAAUCGGUUCGUGUUAGUUUCGACGAUCGAUCGAUGGCAACAGUAGUCGGAGAGUCUGCGCCCGAAGGAGAUACGGAGUCCACUAGCCCUCCGAGUCCUCAGCAAAACAAGCGGCCAUGGUAUAGUAACAUUGGGCGAAGUAAAAGAAGGGAAAUUCCACUCGACGACGACGAGAUUAUGAAGCCUCGGCCUACCUUACCAAGUUUUGGUAGUAUCAGGGAGAAGAAAGCAAAAGAAAUCGAAGAACGACCCCUCGUACGGCCUUACGAACCUAUCCAUUCGCCCACCACGCCAUCCUCGCCAGAAGUCCAUCCAGCAAGUACAUCCGACACCACUCAGGCACCCGGUGAAGCGUCCUUGGGUGUAUCAAGCGAUCAUGCUUUAGGAUUGAUGCUUGCUCAAGAGCAAACGCAACGAAACGCGCCAAAUAUCUCAAAAUUCAGAGAACCCUUGCCACCGGUUGUGACUUCUGUCGAAGGGAGCGGCUACAUUUCGGACAGUAGUAUUGGAAGCUCUGAUGAUGAUCUUCUUGAUAGUGUCGCAGGCGCCAGUGAUACAGAGGAGGCUCCUAGUACGCAAAUCACCCAACCUGAAGCACAAAAUACCUCGUUAAACAACUCAACUGCCUUUGAAGAGAAAGGACCAAGCGAACCGAGCGCAGGAGUACCAAGUGCCAUUCGUCUCCCACCCCAAGAAAUUCCCGAGAUUGCUGUUAUACAGCCUAGUCCUAGGGUGCCAGAACACGGUACUGCAGCUGCAAACCUACCAGGCCAUCCAGAUUUUGACUUGCCAGGGGGGUUCCCCGAGUCUGAAUCAGACACCACUGGCAAUCCCCAAAACACCACGAGAAAUGUUCAAGGCGAGGAGUUUGCCAACGGUGCUUCUUCUGUGAUAUUUGAACCAAGUGCGACUGUACAUCCCACCCAACCCGUGACAUUACCGCAAACAACGCUCGCCACUACAGCCCCCUCAGAUAUAAAUGUGGACGAAUCUGAUGAUUCCGAUUCAAGUGUGUACAGUGAUGCAUAUGAUUAUCCCCUUGGUGCAGAGGGAGAUGGUUUCUUGUCUUUGAACGCAGUCGUUGAAGAUACUAUUGACGAAAUCUCAUCUCCUCAACAUGGGGAGUCGUCUAAAGGUGCAUCAAAGGAGUCGGACACGAUUGAGGCUCAGGCCGAAAUUGACAAUCAAACUCAGUCUAAGUUAUCCAAUACAUUACCAGAACUACCACGAGAUCAGAAUGACUGGGAGAGAGCAAAGGCAUUUUGGCGUAGCUUGACGGCUGAGAAAAGACUACAGCUUGAACGUGAAGCGAUCGAAGAGGCCGCUACUGAGGGUGACCAAGAAGAAGCUGCUACACCUCCUAUGAGAAAGAAUAGUAACAGGAAGACUAUGCAGCGCCAGAAGGCGGUUCCUGAAACCCAAAGCCGAACCUCACCGCCGUCACAAAAACCCAUAUUGGCCCACCCGGGGAGAGAUCACACCGCCCAGGCGAAUUCAAAUGCGAAUCAUAAGCUUGUCGUCACCUCGCCACCGAGGGAGUCGCGAAUGCGAACCUCUCUACGCAGUGAACAUGCUGGAAAGGCACAGGCCUCGGAUGGAAUGCGCAAGACUAUGAGAUCUCAUACCAAUGCACCGCAUGAUACACCACAUGCUAGCCAGCCUAUCACACGACAGACUGUGCAGCGCGAGAAGCCAACAGCCGUCCUGUCCAAGUCAACCCAGCCCCGUAACGUCAAGGCUACUCAAGCACUACCGACAAGUAAGCCUGGAAGUUUUGUGACUGACGACAAACCCACAUUGCAACGUCGCGGGUCUGAUGCCAGUGACAGCAGCUUCAAACGGAGCCGCGCUUCACACGGCGGGGGGUUCACUUUUCGCAGUUCCAUGCGCCCACAGUCCGUUGGUACAUACCAUGCUGCUACCAAGGGUUCCGGACGAUUCAGUUUGAGAUCGCUUUCCCCGGCUGGUUCUGGAUUCCGACACAGCUCCGGUGCCGUUACUACCGGCGGGCCCCCAACUAGUAUGAUGAGACAUACCUUGCGAUCCAGUAGUGUGUCUAGUCAAGAAAGACUCCUCCCGGCUAUACACUUUCCAUCAUUUGGCAAAUCAACUAAAUCACCUGCGAAGCGCUCUAAGAGAUCCAGCCGCUUCGGUGACUCUAGCGACGAAGAUGAGGGUGGAGCUACUGGUUUCCGCAGUCGUUUUGACGACUCAAGCGAUGAUGAAAGCGUUCGUCCUAGCUCUUCGUACCAGGCCCGUCCGCUUUCGAUGGGGACUCUCCGCCCGUCUACCGCUGGUGGAAAAGACUUUAGAAAAUCUACCCCCGUACCUGAGGUGGACGAAGAAUCUCCAGAGCUGCCCGACAGCGAAGACGAAAUGCCUAGUCCAUUCCAGAGCCCAAGAGCUCGACCCAACGUCAAUCGUGCAGGGCUACCGCGUUCAAAUUCUGAAGCUCUCGGAACCACUACUCUGACGCGGUCACGCUCCGGUCGAGGCGGGUUCAAUACAUCUGUAUCAAUGCCUGCCGUGUCGCAUAAGGAAAGGCGAAGCUCGCUAAUGGGAAUUCUAAGACUUGGCAAGAGGGCAGACCCAGCAAGCAAGAUUCAACGCUCCAGCCUUACGGAGAGCGCCGCUAGGCGUGAUACCAGGCUAGAGCGAAGCAGUGAGCAGUUGAAGGAUAUUCGCGGCGACAAUAUAUCCAGUCCAAGGCUCCAGAAGCGGGCUUCGGUAAAGCGAAACGAAAGUUGGCCGUUGGGCGAACCCUUCGAUGGGAGCAUGAAGCGAUCAAAUUCGGUCGGCGACCUACUCGGCGAAAGCAUCGCGGCGGAUGCCGUCGAGAGACCUACUCUCAAUAAUAGACGUAGCACAAGUCAAGGACUGGUCGCAGGAUACGAUAACGAACAAGGUGACGUGACGGUGGAUGGAUUAGGAAACAAGAAGAAAAAGAAGUUCGGGGCACUGCGCCGAAUGUUCGGGCUAGAUGACUAGGAGAAGUCUGGUGCCGAGCGUAAAAGAAAGCAGCGUAGACUAUUGGUGAAAAGGGGCCCUGGCACCAGAUAGCUGUAGGGCGGCUGCUACCAUUACAAAUCGCAACAUUCUCUUUUUCUUUGUUUACUGGGGUGAUGGGAGUUAUUGGGA